CACUUGCUUUCUGUCUCCUGCUUUUCCUCUUUCUCACCUCAGCUCCCCGGCAUUAGGUGCUGCCCAUACCCCACCCAGUCCCUUGCUCUACGAGAAGCCUCUGUGCAGUGCCCAGGUCCUGGUGGUCCAGCUUGGAGGUUCCUGUGGCACCCGCUGAGAGGCCCUAGGGUCACAGCAUUUCCUCCCGGGGAUGACUUGGCAGUGAUACACUCGGUUUCCUCACUUCUGCAAUUGCCAGACGCACAGAGGCUGAGGCUGGGGCCAGGACCCAGGCAGAGACACACAGUCCCUGCAGCUGCAGCCACUGCCCCUGCUACAGGCACUGCCAGGGCCAGGACCAGUUGAUCAUUCCAGCCCACAGCAAUGGAGCCACAUGACUACUCCCAUGUGGACUCUGAGUUCCGAUACACUCUCUUCCCCAUUGUUUACAGCAUCAUCUUUGUGCUUGGGGUCAUUGCUAAUGGCUACGUGCUGUGGGUCUUUGCCCGCCUGUACCCUUCCAAGAAACUCAAUGAGAUAAAGAUCUUCAUGGUGAACCUCACCAUGGCGGACAUGCUUUUCUUGAUCACCCUGCCACUGUGGAUUGUCUACUACCAAAACCGGGGCAACUGGAUUCUCCCCAAAUUCCUGUGCAACGUGGCUGGCUGCUUCUUCUUCAUCAACACCUACUGCUCUGUGGCCUUCCUGGGCGUCAUCACUUAUAACCGCUUCCAGGCAGUGACUCAGCCCAUCAAGACUGCUCAGACCAACAUGCGCAAACGUGGUAUCUCUUUGUCCCUGGCUAUCUGGGUGGCCAUUGUGGGCGCUGCAUCCUACUUCCUCAUCAUGGACUCCACCAACACAGUGUCCAACAGUGCUGGCUCCGGCAACAUCACCCGCUGCUUCGAGCAUUACGAGAAGGGCAGUAUGCCAGUCCUCAUCAUCCACAUCUUCAUCGUGUUCAGCUUCUUCCUGGUCUUCCUCAUCAUCUUCUUCUGCAACCUGGUCAUCAUUCGCACCUUGCUUAUGCAGCCGGUGCAGCAGCAGCGCAACGCUGAAGUCAGGCGCCGGGCGCUGUGGAUGGUGUGCACAGUCUUGGCGGUGUUCAUCAUCUGCUUCGUGCCCCACCACAUGGUGCAGCUGCCCUGGACCCUGGCUGAACUGGGCUUCCAGAACAGCAACUUCCACCAGGCCAUUAACGAUGCACAUCAGGUCACCCUCUGCCUCCUUAGCACCAACUGUGUCUUAGACCCUGUCAUCUACUGUUUCCUCACCAAGAAGUUCCGCAAGCAUCUCUCGGAAAAGUUCUACAGCAUGCGCAGCAGCCGGAAAUGCUCCCGGGCCACCACGGAUACGAUCACUGAAGUGGUUGUGCCACUCAACCAGGUCCCUGGCACUUCCCCCCAAAAUUAGUCCCUGCUUGUUGGGGGCAGGCCUGAAGUCCCCAUGGACAUCAUGAACUGAGCUGGGGAAGAAGGGAUAUCUGCUGUGGUCUGGGUACCACCUCCAUGGGCACUGGUGGGCCAUUAGGUUUGGAGGCUAAUUCACCCAGGCAGGGGUGAUGGCAGAGCCAGACUGUCAGAAAAUUCAGAACUCAAAUGAGCCCCUUCAUCCACCUGUGGGCACAUAGUGUAGUAACUGUGGCUGAUUACCUCAUCCUGAGUCCCUUAAUCUUAUGGGGCUGGAAGGAAUGCCAGGGCCAGGUGCAGAGGUACAGACAUUGGGGGAAGACUUUGAGCCACCUAGUUCUCCCCGAUGGAGCAUCAGUCUAAAGCUCUGGGCAAGCACUCUCAAGUGAUAGAGGCAGAAAUGGGAGUUGGAAAAGGGACACUGCCCUCUCUGUGUGGCACUAUCUUGGGGCAGACUUUUGAGCUAGGAUGAUGCCAUCCUCUCUCCACCCUCAGGCACAAGGUCUUUGUGACCUUUCUCAGGGGAAGUGCCUUGAUGGAACCUUCUCUGACUCACCUGGCAACCUGUCCUGAAUUGUGACCAGAGAAGAUAAAACAUGAACAGACCAAAAGCUAGGAAAGGAGCUUGCUUCCCAAGGCAGAUGUGUCUCUCCACAAAGGCCUCACCUCUGGCCCAGUCAGCUCUGGGGGAGUGGGAGAGAGAUGCCCACCUCUUCCAUCUUUCCGUCUCAACAACAGUCCCUAAUUAAGUACCUUCUAUGGGGCAGCCACCUACUGAGGAUGCGCAAAGGCCCUUUGAGAGCAAAAUUGGGGCUGGGCGCAGUGGUUCAUGCCUGUAAUCCCAGCACUGUGGGAGGCUGAGGCAGGCAGAUCACCUGAGGUUAGCAGUUUGAGACCAGCCUGGCCAAUAUGGUGAAACCCUGUCUGUACUA